GGGGGGACUACACGUCGUGAAAAAGGAUCAUAAUGAACUUAUAAAGAAUGCGGUUCGUCCUGUUCCAUGAUGCGGUAUCAAUAUACACCACACUGGAGAUCAAAUUUAUUUUUGUCUCAAGCUUUCAACCUUGUAACCUUUCUGCGUUGACGUUACGGUGGUAUUACUGAAAUGUAAUUAAGAUUCUAAUUAUAAUUUUCCUCCGUAGUUAAUCAAGGUUAAGUAUACUUAAUUGUUCGGACGAUUGUGUAUACAAUUUGAAAGUGAUUGUUGAUGAUGUCAAUCUAGUCGAUGUUUCGUGUUGUAAAUAUUCAUUAAGGAGAAAAACACACACGCUGAUCUGGGAAAGACAAUCGAGAAAUAUUUCUCUGCUCAUACAAUGAUAUAUGUCCAUGUUUGAUUUUGAUUUUUUAAAAUGGUAAAAGUAGCGUUUGUAGUAAGGUUGUAAUAGAAAUGUAUGUAGAAGAUAUCAAACUAUCCAGAUCGCACACGCAACAAUAUCGUUAAUAUUAUAGGACGAAGUAGAGAAAUAGCAUAAUUUGCCCUUAUCGAUUCCCAUCGAGAAUGGACGUUUUACGUAUUAUACCUCUCAUUCUUCACGUGAUUUCUAUCUUAUUACAUACACUUGGAAUUUAUUUGCUGCGUCAGCAAACUUUAAACACGUCCAAUCAAAUUCCACUGUUAUUAAAUCUCAGCAUUGCUGAGAUUUUCAUGAGCGUAUUCGAUUUUACGUACAAUAUCUUACAACACAGUAACGUUAAUAAAAACACGACGGAGUAUUUUUACACGAUACAAUGCACGUGUUUUGUUAUAUCGUAUUUUUUAAUCCUCAUCGUAUUGACAUUGGAUCGGUUUUUUGAAGUUUACUUAAACAUCACAUACCCGGUGUAUUUCUCCCGACAGAUCGUGUCACGUUGUCUUGCAGUAUGCUGGAUUAUCGGAUUUACAUUGUGUGUUCUGCUUGUAAUUUUGCGGUAUACAAUCAAUAUAGACUCACUUCGAGUUGUAUUCCUUAUACUGUUUCCAACGUUUGAAUCUAUCUUUUUUACCGUAGCAGUUUUGACGUACGGUUACAUCUUUAAAAAAUAUCGCAAAGCGAAUUUAUCGCAAGCAAAAGGAGGAUCUAACACAUCGUUGCAAAAGAGAACUUUCAAACGAAGAAAAUUUUUCGUCCCUACUUUGAUUAUUGUGACUUUCUUCUUCUUUGCUAUUAUACCCGACCAGCUGCACUUGUUUUUGUUUUACUUAUACGACGCCGGAAGUAACAAGGCGUUAGACGCCAUUUUGACGUUAUACGUGAUUGGAUUUAUAUGCGAUGCGUUGAUAUACAUCUUUUUUCCAAAAGGAAAUCGAACGAUGCUGAAGAAAAUGUUCAAGCCGCAUCGAGCAGUAGUACAUCCAGCCACAACAUGGUCAGCGGAGACAAGCAGUCAUCACUGACAGGUUGAUGCAUAUCCUGUUUGACAACGGUCAUGGAUGGUUGACAACUGACAUGACUGGAUUAAAAUAAUACUUACGUGGACACAGGAAUGAUUUCUAUUUAUUUAUUUAUUUUUUUUAUUUAUUUAUUUUUUUGCAAUUUUGGCUAAACGCAACUUUUAUGACGAAUCUCUGUUUGGCGAUAUUGUGAAAUGCGAGUGGGUAACGUUGAAGGGAAGGAUAUAAAAUUAAACUAGAAGAGAGAAAAUAGUGUUUGUUAUGUUGGUGCUAGUUGAUAUAAAUUUUUACCUAACCAGGCUAUCAUUUUACCCAACCCAGACUAUUAUUGAAGCCUGGGUUGGGUAAUUGACUGCAUUUUCCGCUAUAGCGCGUGCUAUAAUUUUGUCCUCAAUUUUGCCAAAAUGCGCACGCGUUAAUUACAAUACUCCUGGAUUUUUUGUGCUACGCAGAAAACGCAGCCUUAAUUAUUGGGCCCAGGCGUUUAGCAAAACAUAAUCUGUAGUGGCUUGAUGAGCCAAUGCGUGAAACUAAUAUUAAAGGCAAAAAAGCUAUAAGUAUUUUUUGUUAUUAUUAUUAUUAUUUGUGAAUAAAAUAGAGAAUUAUUUAUUUCGUAAAAUAUAUGUAUAUAAAAGGAUCAAC